GGGGGGGCGCGGCCCGCGCAGGCGCGGCGGGGCGGCGGCGGCGGCCAUGUCGGUGCAGGAGGACCCGGUGCAGCGGGAGAUCCAUCAGGACUGGGCCAACCGCGAGUACAUCGAGGUGAUCACCAGCUCCAUCAAAAAGAUCGCGGACUUCCUCAACUCCUUCGACAUGUCGUGCCGGUCCCGCCUGGCCACGCUCAACGAGAAGCUGACGGCGUUGGAGCGCAGGAUCGAGUACAUCGAGGCCCGGGUCACUAAGGGCGAGACGCUGACGUAGGCCCGGGGCGGCCCCGGGCCCCCUCCUCGCCGGAGCACCGCCGCCCCCGCCCCGCUCGGGGCCUGCCGCCGCCGCCUCUGCUUGUGUUGCCAAUAAACCGCUGUGCUCCUGC